GAGGCUGAAUUUCAGUCAUUAAGAGAAGCUCUCUCCUUUGUAUCAUUAAUUGAUGGAUAUUACAGAUUAACUGCGGAUGCCCACCAUUAUCUCUGUAAAGAAGUAGCACCACCAUCAGUCCUUGAAAAUAUCCAAAGCAACUGCCAUGGACCAAUUUUCAUGGACUUUGCUAUCAGUAAACUGAAGAAAGCGGGUAAUCAGACUGGUUUCUACGUUCUUCGUUGCAGUCCUAAAGAUUUUAAAAAAUACUUCCUCACCUUUGCUAUAGAGCGUGAGAAUACCACUGAUUAUAAGCACUGCUUAAUUACGAAGAAUGAGAAUGGAGAAUACAAUCUUAGUGGAACCAAGAAGAGUUUUGGUAAUCUUAAGGAUCUGUUGACCUGUUACCAGACAGAAACUGUCCGUUCAGACAGCAUAAUUUUCCAGUUCAUCAAGUGCUGUCCUCCAAAACCAAAAGAUAAAUCAAAUCUCCUGGUCUUCAGAAGCAAUAGUGUUUCUGAUGUACCUUCAUCACCUACGCUACAGAGACACAAUAAUGUCAACCAGAUGGUCUUUCACAAAAUCCGGAAUGAGGACUUGAUAUUCGAGGAGAGUCUUGGACAGGGCACGUUUACUAAGAUUUUCAAAGGUAUAAGGAAAGAAGUGGGAGACUAUGGGCAGCUCCAUCAAACUGAAGUUCUCUUAAAGGUGCUGGAUAAAGUGCAUAGAAACUACUCUGAGUCCUUCUUUGAGGCAGCAAGUAUGAUGAGCCAGCUUUCCUACAAGCAUUUGGUGUUAAAUUAUGGAGUCUGCGUAUGUGGAGAGGAGAACAUCCUUGUACAAGAAUAUGUAAAAUUUGGAUCCUUGGACACAUAUUUGAAAAAGAACAAAAAUGUUAUCAAUAUCUUGUGGAAGCUGGAAGUAGCCAAACAGUUGGCAUUAGCCAUGCAUUUUCUGGAGGAUAAAGGCCUUGUUCAUGGGAAUGUCUGUGCAAAAAACAUGUUACUUAUCAGAGAGGAAGACAGAAAAUCUGGAAACCUUCCAUUUAUAAAACUGAGUGAUCCUGGCAUCAGUAUUACAGUUUUGCCAAGAGACAUUCUUCUUGAGAGAAUACCAUGGGUUCCACCUGAAUGUAUUGAGAAUCCCAAACAAUUAAGCCUGGCCACAGACAAAUGGAGUUUUGGUACUACUUUGUGGGAAAUCUGCAGUGGAGGAGACAAACCUCUGAGUGCACUGGAUUCUUCAAGAAAACUACAGUUUUAUGAAGAUAGGCACCAGCUUCCUGCCCCCAACUGGACAGAACUAGCAAACCUUAUAAACAAUUGCAUGGAUUAUGAGCCAGAUUUCAGGCCUUCAUUUAGAGCAAUUAUACGUGACUUGAACAGUUUGUUCACUCCAGAUUACGAGCUAUUGACAGAAAGUGAUAUGUUGCCAAAUAUGAGAAUUGGAGCGCUUGGAUUUUCUGGUGCUUUUGAAGAUCGGGACCCAACACAAUUUGAAGAAAGACAUCUUAAGUUUUUACAGCAACUUGGCAAGGGAAAUUUUGGCAGUGUUGAGAUGUGCCGGUACGACCCACUGCAGGAUAACACUGGGGAGGUGGUGGCUGUGAAAAAGCUGCAACAUAGCACAGAAGAGCACCUUCGGGACUUUGAAAGAGAAAUCGAAAUCCUUAAAUCUCUGCAGCAUGAUAACAUUGUUAAGUACAAAGGAGUAUGCUACAGUGCAGGUCGUAGGAAUCUGAGAUUAAUUAUGGAAUAUUUACCGUAUGGAAGUUUACGAGAUUAUCUGCAGAAACACAAGGAGAGGCUGGACCACAAGAAGCUUUUGCUGUAUGCAUCUCAGAUAUGCAAGGGCAUGGAGUAUCUGGGUACAAAAAGAUACGUUCACCGGGAUUUGGCAACAAGAAAUAUCUUGGUGGAGAAUGAGAACAGAGUUAAAAUUGGAGAUUUUGGAUUGACAAAAGUCUUGCCACAAGACAAAGAAUACUACAAAGUAAAAGAACCUGGUGAAAGCCCUAUAUUUUGGUAUGCUCCAGAAUCCCUGACAGAAAGCAAAUUUUCUGUGGCUUCGGAUGUGUGGAGUUUUGGUGUGGUCUUGUAUGAACUCUUCACGUAUAUUGACAAGAGCAAAAGCCCACCAGCUGAAUUCAUGCGCAUGAUUGGCAAUGACAAACAAGGGCAGAUGAUUGUAUUUCAUUUGAUAGAGCUUUUGAAGAAUAAUGGACGGCUACCAAGACCAGAUGGAUGCCCUGAUGAGAUUUAUGCAAUCAUGAAAGAAUGCUGGAACAAUAAUGUUACCCAGCGCCCUACCUUUAGGGAUCUUGCUCAGCGAGUGGAUCAUAUAAGGGACAACAUGGGUGGAUGAGAAAACUGUCCCUCCUUCAGAGGAUAUGUUGGAAUGCAGAACAAAAUGUCCUUGGUCUGCUGUGUAUAAUUGACAUAUGUGCACAUGUGCAUCUUACCUUUACUGGAAGUAAAAUCUAUGUGGCAAACACCCUAUCUCAAUCUGCAUACUGAGGAAUCCUGCUGGUUUUCUUUAUCAGG